ACUUGGCGCUCCUCUGGCGGUCAACUUUAAUUUCACCGCAUCGUGCUCUUACCAGACCAUCUUUCAAUCCGAAAGUGUGGUGUGUGUUGGCUCGCACAUUUCUGAAAUUUACCCAAUUUUAUCCAUUCCCCAAAAAAAUGGGUCGUGUCAUCCGAGCCCAACGUAAGGGAGCAGGUUCCAUCUUCACCUCCCAUACCCAUCAUCGCAAAGGAGCCCCAAAACUCCGCCCCUUGGACUUUUCCGAGAAGCAUGGAUACAUCAAGGGGGUGGUGAGGGACAUUAUUCACGAUCCUGGUCGUGGCGCCCCACUCGCCAUGGUCUCCUUCCGAGAUCCCUACCGCUUUAAGACGAGGAAAGAACUUUUCAUCGCGGCUGAAGGGAUGUACACCGGUCAAUUCGUGUACUGCGGCAAGAAGGCCACUCUCCAAAUCGGAAACAUCAUGCCUGUCGGAACCAUGCCAGAAGGUACGAUCGUUUGCAACUUGGAGGAGAAGACUGGUGAUCGAGGCCGACUUGCGAGAGCGUCGGGAAAUUAUGCUACCGUCAUCGCACAUAAUCCUGACACCAAGAGGACGAGAGUAAAGCUGCCAUCCGGCGCGAAGAAAGUCCUCCCCUCGGCAAACCGCGCCAUGGUCGGCAUCGUCGCUGGAGGUGGUCGUAUUGACAAACCCAUCCUCAAGGCUGGACGUGCUUACUUCAAGUACAAAGCCAAGAGGAACGCUUGGCCCAUCGUACGAGGAGUGUGUAUGAACCCCGUCGAACAUCCCCACGGUGGUGGUAAUCAUCAACAUAUUGGAAAGGCUUCAACUUGUAAGAGAGGAACCUCUGCUGGACGAAAGGUCGGUCUUAUCGCCGCCAGAAGGACUGGACGAAUCCGAGGAGGAAAGAAGGAAGUUAAGGGCAGUGAGGAUUAGAAAAUUUAAGAUUAAUAAGAUUUUAUUAAAAAUCCUCCGUAAAAAUCUGUUUCCUCUCUUCUUUUGCUACGGAAUAAAUGGUGGAACGGAUCACGGUUAUAAAA